AUGAAUAGUAAAACAAAUUUAAGAUAAAUGAUAUCUAAAAGAACACCUUUAAAUGAAAGAGUAAACAGAAACCAUUAUGAUUAAGAAGUUAAAUAUACGAAUAAAUCAUUCACUUCGGGCAAAAAAUAAUCAGCUAAUAAAAUCAACUCAAUCAUAAGUGACAUGCUAUCAAAGCGUUAAAGUUCUUAAGAUAUCUAAAAUCCAAAAGCAUCGUUGAUUAGAUUAGAUACAAGUAAUCAAAAUACUUCAUAGAGAUCUAUAUCACCUACUAAACUUUACUAAAUGCCUGAAUCGCUAAAAAAAAUAUAUAAUUAAAUCCAUCAAAAAUUUUCUGAUUCAUCUAUUUAAAAAAAUUUCUAGAAACAGAAAUCAAAACUUCUCAAGUAAAGAACAGAAGAAUCUAAAUUUUCAACUUAAUGUACACCCACUUCUGAUUACACUGAAUAAUAUUUGAUCAAUUUAGUUAAUCAGGAGGAGUGUGUUUUUACUAUUUUAGCAGUAGUUAGUAAAUAAAGAAAAGUUGUGAAAUUAUGUUAAAAUUUUUUGAAUGCUAUUCCUUAGUCUUAAGGAGAUUGCAAAGAUAUAAUAUAAUAGAAAAUAGUUUGCAAGUAGAUGCUAUUGGAAAGAAUGGGAAUCUUUGUAAUUAUGGUAUAGGGAUUAACUGAAAAUUAUGAUGACGAAUUAUAACAUAUUAAGAAUCUUCUACUUUAUAUACACAAUGGAAUGAUAAUUUAUUUAGAGUUUUUAAUCAAAUAAAAUCUUACAGCAGAUUAAAAGAACAUUCUAUAAAAUCGAUUAAGUAAGAUAAAAUAAAAUAGAAGAGCAAAUAAAUCUGUCUAGGAUAUUACUUAAUUAAAGAAGCAUGCAAAUGUUGUUCACUCUUUGUUAAUCUUAUUGUAAUAAUUUAAAUUAUAAUAUUAGUAUAGAAAAUUCUACAGAUCUAAAAUGUGCAAGAUUAGAGAAAUUAUUAUAAAAUAUUGAUUAAAUUUCUUUAUAAUAAGGAACAAUGCUUAUUAAGUAAUAAUUCGAUAAGGUGAUUUCGGAGAUAAAUAAUUUGAGAUAAACAAUAGAUACUAAUGAAACUGAAAAAACCCUUGAAUAAGAAGAGAUUGAGAAACAUUUAGAAUUAAAGAUACCAUACUUACCAAAAUACUAUGGUUAUACUUUAGUGAUUGAUUUAGAUGAAACAUUAGUUCAUUAUUAAGAAGUAUUUUUAUAUGAUUGAUCAAGUUAGUUGAUGAUGGUUAAUUCUUAGUUAGACCUUAUGCUGAAUAAUUUUUAAUUGAAAUGAGUAAAUAUUAUGAGAUAGUUAUAUUCACAGCAGCAUUACAAGAUUAUGCAGAUUUCAUUUUAGAUUUAAUAGAUAAAAGCAAUGUUAUUUCUCAUAGAUUGUACAGAUAACACACUACAUUAAUAGAUGGAACACAUGUUAAAGAUUUAACAUUUGUUGGUAGAGAUUUAAAUACUACUAUAAUAAUUGAUAAUAUGGCUGAAAACUUUUAACAUUAACCAGAAAAUGGUAUUUGUAUUUAAAGUUGGUAUGGAGAAGAAGAUGAUAGAGCAUUAUAUUAAUUGGCUCCAAUUCUAUCUCAAAUAGUUAUCAAAAAAUGCAAAGAUAUUAGAAAUGCUUUGCGAUGCUUGAGAAAUUAAAUGUUAGAAAACAUAGAAAAUGGAAUUUAAGAUCCUCAUUUACAUUUGUCGUUGAAUUGA